GUGGAAAGUAUUUCGGAUAAGAGUCGUCAAAAAUUCCGUUUGGUGAAAAUCGUAAAUUUGCGGGACCACUCAAAUAGUUGAAAAUAUCCAUUCAUUCAUCAUUUCCUCUAAAUCCUAAAAAAAAAACUCGGAGGUUAAUGAAGCUGCCACGAAUUGGCGUAUUUUAGAUUGAUACGUCAAAGCUCCUCCUCGCGCACGUUAGCUAUAGUCAUGUCUUGUGGUUGUUCUUGAAACAAAGAAAGAAACUAAUCAACAAGAAGAAGAAGAAGAAGAAGAAGAAGAAGCUCACCGUUUCUCUCUGAUUCUAUCCACUGAUCUUCUCCGAUUGCUACUUGCUUCUUUUUGUUUGCUUCCGAUCUCUCUCGAUUUCUCAAUUCCGUACGGAGUAGGCUAAUUGAUUGUAUAAAGGAGAUUAGUUUAUCAUUGUUUUGUACAUUUGGGAUGAUGAUGCGUACUGUCUCUUUGCCAUUGUCUCAUGAUCUCAAUGUUCAUAAGAUCCAUGAAGCUUCUGGAUACCAUAAUAGUGCAGCUGCUAAAAAUCGUGUGUAUCUGACUCGGACUGGUCUUUCAUCAUGUGCUACGAGACAAGACGUUUGGAGUCUUCAGCUUCUAGAGAGCUUGAGUGGUUCAAUAGUACCUGUAUCAUCUAGGUGUAAUGCAUUCGUUUGCCGGUCAGCUCUCUUUCCAGGGAAUGGAAACGAAGGCCCUAUUCUUAAAUCAACUGCAGUAAUAUUCACAAGGGCAUAUGAUGCUUUACGCGGAAAUCAUUUAAUGAAACUAAUUCCAGCAGUUGGGAUUCUUGCAUUUGCUACAUGGGGUCUUAGACCCCUUCUGCGCCUUGCCAGAGCUACCCUGUUUGAGAAGGGGAAUGAUGCAAAUUCACAGAAGAGUAGCACACAAUACAUUGUUGUGUCAUAUCUUCAGCCUUUGCUGCUUUGGAGCGGAGCUAUCCUUCUAUGCAGAACAUUGGACCCAAUAGUAUUGCCUUCAAGUUCCAGCCAGGCUGUUAAACAGCGUCUUCUGACCUUUGCUCGGUCCAUGUCAACGGUGUUGGCAUUUGCUUGCUGUUUAUCAAGCCUACUUCAGCAGGUGCAGAAAUUUUUUAUGGAGACAAAUAAUCCUGCUGAUACCAGAAAUAUGGGUUUCAGUUUUGCUGGAAAAGCUGUUUACACUGCUGCGUGGGUUGCUGCUGCUUCAUUGUUUAUGGAGCUGUUGGGCUUCUCUACCCAAAAGUGGCUAACGGCUGGGGGUCUGGGGACAGUACUGCUAACUCUUGCUGGUCGUGAGAUACUUACAAACUUUCUUUCAAGCAUUAUGAUUCAUGCUACACGGCCCUUUGUUCUGAAUGAGUGGAUCCAGACCAAGAUAGGAGGCUAUGAAGUUUCUGGCACAGUAGAGCGUGUCGGUUGGUGGUCACCUACAAUUAUCAGAGGUGAUGACCGUGAAGCAGUUCAUAUUCCUAACCACCAGUUUAGUGUAAAUAUCGUGAGAAAUCUCACUCAGAAGACGCAUUGGCGCAUCAAAACACAUCUUGCCAUCAGUCAUCUUGAUGUCAGCAAAAUUAAUAAUAUCGUAGCUGAUAUGCGCAAGGUGUUGUCUAAAAAUCCUCAAAUCGAGCAGCAAAAAAUACACAGAAGAGUCUUUUUGGAAGAUAUAGAUCCAGAGAACCAAGCACUGAGGAUCCUAAUAUCCUGUUUUGUAAAGACUUCACGUUUUGAAGAAUACCUGUGCGUUAAGGAAGCAGUGCUCUUGGAUCUUCUUACUGUUAUUAGGCAUCACGGGGCACGUCUAGCAACUCCCAUUAGAACAGUACAGAGGAUGCGUAAUGAGGCUGAGGUGGACAGUGCAGGAUUUUCAGACAUCAUUUUCAAUCAAGCAGCGAUGAACCGUCGAUUCAUGCUGAUUGAGCCUUCCUAUAAAAUCAACAGCGAUGACAACUCAAAGUCUCCCUCACCCAGCCCAGGGCAAAAGAGUGAAGAAAGGGACCUUCAAGAAGAACCAUCGGAAACCAAGGCCGAAACAGAAAACAACGGAUCAGCGUCAGUGCUGAUUUCAAAUGCCAAAAAAGAGAAACAGAAAACGGCUCUUGGUUCCAACUCCAGUACAGGCACUAAGGGUUCACCAACCUCAACAUCCGACCAGCCAGUAGCACAAAAGUCAGAAGAAAAGAAGAAAGAGAGCGUGGGAGAUUCAAAUAAAGCAGAGAAGGAUGAAGUUUAUGAUGACGAAGGUACAACAGAGCAGACAUUGAAAUCAAAAGCAAGACAAGGGACUGAAAAGAGCAGUGGAGAUUCGAAAGCUCGAGAUGGUGGUGGGUCUGGUACAAGUUCUUUUCUGGAGGAGAACCUUGUUCUGGGUGUUGCAUUGGAUGGCUCAAAACGUACACUCCCGAUUGAUGAAGAAGUCAAAGCAUCUGGUGCAUUAAUGGAUUCUGAAGAACUUGGUAUAGGAUCAGAAUGAGUAGACGGAGAAGAGGUACAAAAAAAUUUGUGUUCCAAGCAAUUUAAUGCAUCUGUAGAAAGUAACAAACAGAAAUGGAGAAAUGAGCGCGACUCUGUUAAUUUUUUUAAUCGUAGAGGUUUGCGCCAUUUCAUCUCUGUAAAUAAACUAGCGAUUCAAAAACUAAAAAGUAGUUUGUCUCAAGUGACUAGUUUGAGGAUUUUCGUGUU